ACCCUCGUUCCUUACUUCAUUGUCAUCAGUCAUCACUUCACAUUCACAUCACAUGAGUGAAACGGCCGGCGGGAUUUCCCCCGCCGACGACCAAACUCGUCAGCCAACCACAGCCCGUAGAAAGGGCGGCUUAAAAACGAUGCCUUUCAUCAUCUCAAAUGAAUCACUGGAGAAGGUAGCCAGCGUGGGGCUCCAAGCCAACAUGACCUUCUACCUGAAGAAGCAGUACCACCUCACCAACUCCGCCGCCGCCAACGUCCUCUUCCUCUGGGGCGCCCUCUCCAAUUUCACCCCGAUCGUCGGCGCCUUCGCCGCGGACUCCUACUUUGGCCGCUUCCGCGUAAUCGUCGUCGGUACCCUCGUCACCGUCUCCGGAAUGCUAGUAUUGUGGACCACCGCCAUCUUUCCGACAGCGCGGCCGCAAUCAUGCCACGCAAAACACUGCGACUCGCCCGAUCAUGGCCAGCUGCUUCUCCUCUUCACCUCGUUCAUCCUUAUGGCGAUCGGGGCGGGCGGGAUCCGGCCCUGCUCGCUAGCAUUCGGGGCGGACCAGCUGAGCGACCCGACCAACCCGAGAAACGAGAGGACCUUGCAGACGUUCUUCAGCUGGUACUACGCCUCGAUUGGGAUCUCGGUCAUCGUCUCGGCCCUGGCCAUCGUGGCGAUCCAGGACCAGUUCGGGUGGGUCAUCGGGUUUGGUGUGCCCGUGGCGCUAAUGGUCCUAUCAGCAGUGCUGUUUCUGAUCGGUUCGCCCGCUUACGUCCGGGUACCGGGAGAUUCAACCCUGCUGACCAGUUUCGGUAGGGUGGUUGUCGGCGCGUGGAGGAACAGGGGGUUGACGGUGCCGCCGAGGGAUUCGGAUCGGUGGGUUUGUGGCCAAGAGUCGAAGCUUGUCCGGCCGACUGAUAAAUGGAGGUACAUAUAUAUAUACAGGUUUCUUAACAAAGCAUGCAUGAUCUCAAACCCAUCGGACGACCUACCAAAAGACCAAAAUACCCUAUGCACCGUCCAACAAGUAGAAGAGCUAAAAUCCCUCCUCAAGCUCCUCCCAAUCUGGUCGACCACCAUCAUAAUCGCUGCCACCAUCAGCCAGCACACCUUCCCGGCGCUACAAGCUAGCUCAAUGGACCGUCGUUUCAUCGGCAACUUCAAGCUCCCCCCGGCCUCCUACGGCGCCAUAUUCGGCAUCCUCACCCUUACCUUAUGGGUCGCCCUUUACGACCGCGUUUUGGUCCCCAAAAUCCUCGCCACCAAGCUCCUCAACCACCCCAACGGUAUUCCCAACAAGCACCGGAUGGGGAUCGGCCUCCUCAUCUCUUGCCUCGCCACCGCCGUCGCGGGGGCGGUCGAGCACCGUCGUAGGUGGACAGCGGCGACGGGGCGGAUCAUGUCGGCUAACUGGCUGAUCCCACAACACUGCCUGACAGGGCUCGGGGAGGCGUUCAGCAUCAUCGGGCAGAUCGAGUUCUACUACUCGCAGUUUCCGCCGAGCAUGAGGAGUGUUGCCAUGGCGUUGGUGUCGCUGGGGCUCGGUGCUGGGAACUUGGCCGGGAGCUUGAUCGUGUCGGUGGUUGAUGACAUCACGGGGAAGGGUGGCGGGAGGGUGAGUUGGGUGGGGAAUGAUUUGAACCGCGGGCACUACGACUAUUACUACUGGCUGCUGGCGGUUCUGAGUGUCGGGAAUUUCUUUUACUAUUUGGUCUGCAGUUGGGCUUAUGGGAGUGAUGAUCGGAAGCUUUGGGAUGCGGUUGAAGUUGGCAGUGGCGACGAUGAUGAGGCAGGCAGGGAGAUGAAGAUUGUUGUAUAACAUUAUUUGUUUGGCUCG